AUGUGUGGAAUUUGCUGUGUGAUCAGCUUAUCUGCUUAUGCCCCUGGAAGUAGUAUCUUGAAAGAAGAUAUCCUAAAUAAUCUUAAAAGAAGGGGGCCUGAUAGGAGCCAACAACUGGAAAAGACUGUUCUUCAUCUUCCAUAUUGGUGCUUAUUUUCUGGCCAUGUACUUCAUUUAAGGGGACCAAUGACUCCACAGCCAUUGGAAGACUCUGGUAAUGUAUUCCUUUGGAAUGGAGAAAUCUUCAGUGGAAUUUCUGUGGAAAGGGAAGAGAAUGACACUCAAGUUAUUUUUCGCCGACUCUGCUCUUGCAAUAGUGACUCUGAUUUUUUGACAGCGCUGUCCUCCAUUCAAGGUCCAUGGUCUUUUAUUUUUUAUCAGGCAUCCAGGCAUUGCUUAUGGUUUGGCAGGGACUACUUUGGCCGUCGAAGUCUGCUGUGGCAGUUUAAUAAAGAGAGUGAUGCUGUUGUUGUACUGAGUUCUGUUAGUUCUGCCUCUCAUAAUCCGUGGCUGGAAGUUCCAGCAUCAGGGAUUUUUCAGAUGAAUCUGCAGGAUUGUAUUGCUCAUAAAUCUAUUACUUUAAUGUUACAUCCUUGGAGAUUUCUUCCCAGACAAAAUGUAGCUGGAGAAGUAAUCCCUGGAGAUUUAAGCGUGGUUUCUAAAUCUUUACCUGCUUACGUGUCUCUUGUGAUGAAUACAUCCACUUCUUUGAUAGCUCCUAUCAUUCCUUUAAAUAAGGAAAUUUCUGACAUGACAGUAGAAUCCCAAUUAUUUAGUUUUCCCUCGACUGUAGCUGAUGUGGAAGUUCUUCAAAAAUUUCUUGCAGAACAUCACAGGAAGGAAAGAGUCCAUCAGUUUAUUGAUGUAUUGAGUAGAGCUGUAAAGAAACGGGUUAUAUGCCUAAUGAGAAAUGGUGAUCCAAUCAGAGGAGAAAUAUCAGAAAAAGAUCUGAAGAAAUCCUAUAUUGCCAUACUUUUUUCUGGUGGCCUUGAUUCCAUGAUUAUAGCUGCCCUUGCUGACAGGUAUGUCCCAUUGGAGGAACCAAUUGAUCUUCUCAAUGUGGCCUUCGAGGUUACAAGCCAAGGUAACCAAAACAGUUCCAUUAAGAAAUGCAGCAAAAAGAAGAAACAAUUUCCCCCUUGUCAGGAAUGUUUAAAUGUCAAGAAUACUGCGACCAGUGACUCUUCUCCUUCUUUUAAUGCUCCUGAUAGAAUGACUGGCAAGGCAGGAUUGGAAGAAUUAAAGAUAAUUAAUCCUUCAAGAACUUGGAAUUUUGUGGAAAUCAAUGUUACACUCGAGGAUUUAAAAGCAAUGAGAGUGAAACAUAUAAGACAUUUAAUUUAUCCACUGGAUACUGUUUUGGAUGACAGUAUAGGUUGUGCUGUGUGGUUUGCUUCCAGAGGAGAGGGUCUGCUUACCAAUCAGGGAGCUGUUCGACCAUAUAAAAGUCCUGCAAAGAUUGUCAUUACAGGAAUUGGAGCAGAUGAACAACUUGCAGGGUAUUCCAGACACCGUGUUUGCUUCAAAAAAAGUGGUUUUGAGGGUUUGACUGAAGAAUUAAGAAUGGAACUAAGUCGUAUUUCUUCUAGGAAUCUGGGUCGAGAUGAUAGAGUUAUUGGAGAUCACGGCAAAGAAGCUAGAUUUCCCUUUCUUGAUGAAGAGGUUGUGUCAUUUCUUAACUCGCUUCCAGUAUGGGAAAAAGCAAACUUGGCUCUACCUCGUGGGAUCGGAGAAAAAUUGCUCUUGCGUCUAGUAGCUGCUGAGCUUGGUUUGACGGCCUCUGCGGUUUUGCCAAAACGGGCCAUGCAAUUUGGUUCUCGAAUUGCAAAAAUGGAAAAUACCAGUGAAAAGGCGUCAGACAAAUGUACAAGACUUCAGACAGCUUCAAGAGAAUAAUAAUAUACAUACAUACAUACAUACAUACAUACAUACAUACAUACAUACAUACAUACAUAUUCCACAGCUACUCUUUCAAGAGACAUAAUUUUUUACUAAGCAAACUUCAAAGACCUUGGAUACAGUUACACUAGGAUCAGGAUUCUGCACAUUUAAUUGGAAAUAAGCACCAGAGGCUUUCUAUUAUUUCUUAAAAUUUUAUACAUAGGAGCAGGGGCUUCCCAUUGAGGUAAGAAUUACAGAAAUAAUAACUUUAAAAAUAUUGUAGUUUUAUCAUAACUAUUUGGAUUACCUGCAAUAAAUUUUAUAUGUUUUUGUCACAGA